CCCAAGAAUGGACGAGGAAUGACACGGAUUAAAUCUGAAGGGACCAAGAUGCUGCACGUUAAAAGCACGUCCCUUGACGCCGCGCACAAGAUACAAUGCGACUUCCCGAUGCCAGGGCUUUAGUGGUAUAACCAAAUCUAGCAGGCGCGCGAGAGGGUUUAUUCACUUUUUCUGGACUGGGGGAAAGAUACCGCAGGGGUGAAUAACGUUGGUGUGUAUUUCUUUCAAUCGUAAGGACUUUUCAAGAUGUCAACGAAGGCAGAGCAAUUUGCCUCUAAGAUACGGUACUUGCAAGAGUAUCACAACCGUGUGCUUCACAAUAUUUACCCUGUGCCAUCUGGAACAGACAUUGCAAACACACUGAAAUACUUUUCCCAAACCCUGCUCAGCAUUCUAUCCCGUACAGGCAGGAAGGAGAACCAGGAAGCUUCCAAUUUGGCCGUGCCCAUGACCAUGUGUCUUUUUCCUGUGCCAUUCCCACUCACCCCAUCUCUAAGACCACAAGUCAGUUCCAUCAACCCUACAGUUACUCGCUCCCUCCUUUACAGCGUUCUGCGCGAUGCCCCGUCUGACCGCGGGGGGCAGCAAAGUCGGGACGCACAGCUCUCAGAGUACCCCUCUCUGGACUAUCAGGGGCUCUAUGUGACGCUGGUGACCUUGCUCGACCUGGUGCCCCUGCUACAGCACGGUCAGCAUGAUCUGGGACAGUCCAUAUUUUACACUACGACUUGCCUCCUCCCCUUUCUCAGUGAUGAUAUUCUCAGCACUUUGCCCUACACUAUGAUCUCCACUCUAGCCACUUUCCCUCCCUUUUUGCACAAGGAUAUCAUUGAAUACCUGAGCACCUCCUUCCUUCCAAUGGCCAUAUUGGGCUCUACCCGAAGAGAGGGGGGCGUCCCAGCCUAUGUCAAUCUGUCUGCCUCCUCUAUGCUGAUGAUUGCUAUGCAGUACACAUCCAACCCUGUCUACCACUGUCAGCUGCUGGAAUGUCUCAUGAAGCACAAACAGGAAGUAUGGAAGGACUUGUUAUAUGUCAUAUCGUAUGGACCAUCCCAAGUCAAGCCCCCAGCUGUACAGAUGCUUUUCCAUUAUUGGCCUAACCUGAAGCCCCCUGGUGCUAUCAGUGAGUACAGAGGACUGCAGUACACAGCCUGGAACCCUAUUCACUGCCAGCACAUUGAGUGCCACAAUGCCAUCAACAAGCCUGCUGUCAAGAUGUGCAUCGACCCCACCCUCUCUGUUGCCCUGGGAGACAAACCCCCUCCUCUGUACAUAUGUGAGGAAUGCAGCCAGAGGAUCGCAGGGGACCAUGCGGAGUGGCUGCUUGAUGUGCUUCUGCCUCAAGCGGAGAUAUCUGCUAUUUGUCAAAAGAAGAACUGCAGCUCCCACGUCAGGAGGGCAGUCGUCACCUGCUUCUCUGCCGGCUGCUGUGGGCGCCAUGGCAACCGCCCAGUCCGCUACUGCAAGCGUUGCCAUGUCAACCACCACAGCAGCGAGGUGGGGGCCUCUGCGGAGACCCACCUCUACCAGACCUCCCCCCCUCCCAUCAACACGCGCGAAUGUGGAGCUGAGGAGCUGGUGUGCACCGUGGAGGCUGUUGUCAGCCUGCUGAAGGAGGCGGAGAUCCACGCCGAGCUGCGGGAGUUCGAGAUGAACAAGCGGCGGCAGAUGGGCCUGUCCGCCUCGCACCACUCGCUGGACAACAUCGACUUCGACAACAAGGAGGACGACCAGCACGACCAGAGGCUCCUCAGCCAGUUCGGCAUCUGGUUCCUGGUGAGCCUGUGCACGCCGAGUGAGAACACGCCCACGGAGAGCCUGGCGCGCCUGGUCAGCAUGGUGUUCCAGUGGUUCCACUCCACCGCCUACAUGAUGGAUGACGAGGUGGGCAGCCUGGUGGAGAAGCUCAAGCCGCAGUUUGUCACCAAGUGGCUGAAGACGGUGUGUGACAUCCGCUUCGACGUCAUGGUCAUGUGCCUCCUGCCCAAGCCGGUGGAGUUUGCCCGGGUGGGAGGGUACUGGGACAAGUCGUGCAGCACGGUGACGCAGCUGAAGGAGGGUCUGAACCGGAUCCUGUGCCUGAUACCGUACAACGUCAUCAGCCAGCCGCUGUGGGAGUGCUUCAUGCCUGAGUGGCUGGAGGCCAUUCGCACAGAGGUGCCCGACCACCAGCUCAAGGAGUUCCGCGAGGUGCUCAGUAAGAUGUUCGACAUUGAGCUCUGCCCGCUGCCCUUCUCCAUGGAGGAGAUGUUCGGCUUCAUCAGCUGCCGGUUCUCGGGGUACCCAGCGUCCGUGCAGGAGCAGGCCCUGCUCUGGCUCCACGUGUUGUCGGAGCUGGAUAUCGUGGUGCCCCUGCAGCUGCUGAUUAGUAUGUUCUCUGAUGGGGUGAACUCCGUGAAGGAGCUGGCCAAUCAGAGGAAGGCGCGAGCAGCGGAGCUGUCGGGAAACGCCGGGGCGCGGAGGGUGAGCGUGGUUUCGGACCCGGGCCGGAGGGGGCAGCACAGCGCCCUCAGCCCGUUCCCCAGCCCUUUCCGGAGCCCCUUCCGCAGCCCCCUCCGCUGCAGCCCCUUCAAGAACCUGGGCCACGCCGCCGCCCACUGUGCCCUCGACCUGGACUGCGAGGACGACGACAUGAACCUGGGCUGCUUCAUCCUCAUGUUCGACCUCAUCCUCAAACAGAUGGAGCUGCAGGACGACGGCGUGACCAUGGGCCUGGACAACAGCCUGGCCAAGGACAUCAUGGGCAUCGUCAACAACGUCUUCCAGGCGCCGUGGGGCGGCUCGCACACCUGCCAGAAGGACGAGAAGGCCCUGGAGUGCAGCCUGUGCCAGUCCAGCAUCCUGUGCUACCAGCUGGGCUGCGAGCUGCUGGAGAGGCUGGCGCCCAAGGAGGAGAUCCGCCUGGUGGAGCCCACAGAGAGCCUGGAGGACAGCCUGAUCUUCCCCCGCCCAGAGUUCUCCAUCGGCACGGAGCAGGGCACCGAGGAGGGGGACAGCCCCGCCGGCAAGCAGACGGACAACCCCAGCAACCAGAGCCACUCCCCCGAGAACCCCUCCAUGAAGAACAAUGCUGAUAAGAAAUUCUCCUACCAGCAGCUGCCAGUGUCCCUCAAGCUUAUUUACACCAUACUGCAGGAAAUGUCUAAAUUUGAGGAGCCAGACAUUCUCUUUAACAUGCUGAACUGCCUGAAAAUCCUUUGUCUUCAUGGAGAGUGCCUGUACCUCGCCCGAAAAGACCACCCGCAGUUCCUGGCCUACAUCCAGGAGAAGAUGCUGAUACCCAGUCUGUGGCGCAUGCUGAAGUCCGAGUUCUGCCAGCUGGCCUCCCUGGCGGUGCCCCAGCUCCUGCACGCCCUCUCCCUGCCCCACGGAGCCGACAUCUUCUGGGGCAUCGUGGACAGCAACUUCAACAGCAAGGACUGGAAGAUGCGCUUUGAAGCAGUGGAGAGAGUGGCUGUGCUCUGCCGGUUCCUGGACAUCACUUCCGUGUCUAAGAACCACAUGCUGAAGUACUCUCUGGCCCACGCCUUCUGCUGCUUCCUGGCCGCCGUGGAGGACGUGAACCCAGCCGUGGCCACCCGAGCCCGCCUGCUGCUGGACACCAUCAAGAGGCCCGCCUUGCAGGGCCUGUGCCUGUGCCUGGACUUCCAGUUCGACACGGUGGUGAGGGACCGGCCCAUCAUCCUGAGCAAGCUGCUGCUGCUGCACUUCCUCAAGCAGGACAUCCCGGCACUCAGCUGGGAGUUCUUCGUCAAUCGCUUCGAGACGCUGUCCUUGGAGGCUCAGCUGCACCUGGACUGCAACAAGGAGUUCCCCUUCCCCACCACUAUAACAGCGGUACGGACCAACGUGGCCAACCUGAGCGAUGCCGCCAUGUGGAAGAUCCGCCGGGCCCGCUUUGCACGGAACCGGCAAAAGAGCGUGCGCUCACUCCGGGACAGCGUGAAGGGCCCGUCCGAGUCCAAACGGGCCUUCUCCCUCCCCGAGACGCUGAGCAACAGACUGCCUCUAAGGCUUACGAGGCAAGAGCAGUCUGCCCCCACUCUGGGAGAUAUGAUAGAGAAAGUCCUGCCAGCACGGUUUCUCCUGCCCUGUAACCCUGAUGGUUCAGCCCCUCUUCUAGGCCAGAACGCACCCGAGGACGACUCGGUCAUCAAGGACCUGCUCCCGGAGGAUGCAGGGAUAGACCACCAGACGGUCCACCACCUGAUCAUGGUGCUGAUGAAGUUCAUGGCCAAGGAUCAGAGCAGCGCCGAGGCGGACAUCGGCAGCGCCAAGGCCUUCAACACUGUCAAGAGACACCUGUAUGUGCUGCUAGGCUACGACCAGCAGGAGGGCUGCUUCAUGAUCGCCCCGCAGAAGAUGCGCACCUCCACCUGCUUCAACGCCUUCAUCGCGGGCAUCGCUCAGGUGAUGGACUACAACAUCGGACUGGGGAAGCAGCUGCUCCCCCUGGUGGUGCAGGUGUUGAAGUACUGCACCUGCCCCCAGCUGCGGCACUACUUCCAGCAGCCGCCCCGCUGCUCUCUGUGGGCGCUCCGCCCUCACAUCCGUCAGAUGUGGCUCAAGGCCCUGCUGGUCAUCCUCUACAAGUACCCCUACAGGGACAUGGACGUGAGCAAGGUGGUGCUGCACCUGAUCCACAUCACUGUCAACACCCUGAACGCGCAGUACCACAGCUGCAGGCCCCACGCCACCGCAGGGCCACUGUACAGCGACAAUUCCAACAUCAGCCGCUACAGCGAGAAGGAGAAAGAGGAGGACAGCGUCUUUGACGAAUCCGAUAUCCACGACACCCCAACCGGGGCGUGCAACAAAGAGUCCCAGACCUUCUUCGCCCGGCUCAAGAGGAUUGGCGGCAGCAAGUCUGUGAAGUACCAGCCAGUGGAGCUGAAUGCUCAGAAAAGUGACAUCGAGCUGUCUGAGUACCGGGAGGCCAGCGCCCUGCAGGACAGCAUCCUGCGCUGUGUAAGGGAGGAGAGCACCAAGAAGAAGCGGCUGCAGGCCAUGCACAAGCAGAAGUCCCUGGACAUCGGCAACACCGACUCCAUCCUGUACAACCUGGACGAGCACCGCAGGAAGUCCUGCAUCGACCGCUGCGACCUGCACGGCCCGCCCUCCUCCACCUACAGCGCCCGGCGCGCCGAGCAGCACGCCAAGGGCUCGUCGGACGGCAGCGACACACAGGAGCGCCGCGGCUCCCGGGACGGCCACCCCGACGGCAAGAGGCCGGUCAUCCCCGAGGUGCGGCUCAGCUGCAUGGAGACGGUGGAGGACAAGCAGGACUCCCCCGGCGGGGCCUCGCCGGCCAAGGAGGACCCCGACCUCAUCGACCUCUCCUCCGACUGCACCUCCAUCCCGGAGAAGCACUCCAUCCUGUCCAUGUCGGACAGCGACUCGCUGGUGUUCGAGCCCCUGCCACCCCUGCGCAUCGUAGAGAGUGACGAGGAGUUCGAGAUGCAGAACCCCGCCGGCGUCAAGCCCGACGGGAAGCUGCCUGUCUCCCCAGCCACCAGCAACAGCCUCCGCCUGGGGCCCGUGGUGCAGGUGAGCAUGGAGGAGUACUCCAAAGACGGCCACGCCCCUGACCCCAUGGGCAGCCCCCUGCAGCCUGUGGGGGGUAGGGCCUCCGUGACGCCCACCGCCUCCCUGGAGCUGCCCGACACCAACAAGGACCUCAUGCAGCCGGAGGACUGCAGAGACUCGUCCCAGGAAAGCCCCAUGACCCUCAAGCAGAAGAGGGACCUCCUGAAGAAGACCCCCGCCGUCCCCGAAAUGUCCCUGGAUGACGCCUGCGUGCACCCCGAGGACAUCAAGGCCGGCGGAGGGCCCGGUGCGAGCCCCACAGGGAAGUCUGUCUACCUGAAUGUCCCAGAGGAGGCGGGCGUAGGGGACGCCCUGGACCAGCUGGAAGAGGACAACAAUGACGACCUCGGUGACGAGGAGGACAGCGACCCCAAGCCCGAGGACGAAAACGACGAGGCCGAGUUCAAGAUCCAGAUCGUGCCUCGCCAGAGGAAGCAGAGGAAGAUCGCCGUCAGCGCCAUCCAGAGGGAGUACCUGGACAUCUCCUUUAACACCCUGGACAAGCUGCCAGACCAGCCCGCAGACUCAGAUCACAAAGCUCUGUCCGCUCUGGAAAAGCCGCGGGAAUCUGCCUCGGCUCCCACUCUCGAAGCUGCAAUCCCAGAAACGAGCAGCCGCUCUUCGAUAUCAACUCAGUACCGGCAGGUGAAGCGCGGCUCCCUGGGGGCCCUGACCAUGAGCCAGCUGAUGAAGAGGCAGCUGGAGCACCAGUCCAGCGCCCCGCACAACAUCAGCACCUGGGAGACAGGUGCUACCAAGACCAGCCUGCUGUCUGCUCCCAGUACAGUCAGCAUGUUUGUGCCCGCACCUGAGGAGUUCACUGACGAGCAGCCCUCCACCAUGACUGACAGGUGCCGUGACUGCGGCGCAGUGCUGGAGGAGUACGAUGAGGAGACCCUGGGGCUGGCUGUGGUGGUGCUGUCCAUGUUCAUCCACCUGAGCCCAGACCUGGCUGCACCGCUGCUCCUGGACAUCAUGCAAUCCGUGGGCCGGUUGGCUUCAACAGUGAAUUUCUCUGGCCAAGCUGAGAGCAUGUUAAUCCCGGGGAACGCGGCCGGCGUGGCCAAGCAGUUCCUGCGCUGCGUCUUCCACCAGCUGGCCCCCAACGGCAUCCUGCCCCAGCUCUUCCAGAGCAACAUCAAAGAUGGAAGUUUCCUGAGGACUCUGGCUUUAUCCCUCAUUGACUUUAAUGAACUGAGCUCCGUGGCUGCGCUGAACCAGCUGUUAGAGGGUCUUAACAACAAGAAGAGCCUUCCAGCAGGAAGCACCAUGCUGCACUGCCUAGACAACAUUGCAACCUUCAUGGAGGCCCUACCAAUGGACUCUCCAAGCAAUCUGUGGACCACUAUCUGCAACCAGUUCCAGACCUUCCUGACCAAACUGCCCUCUGUGUUACCCCUGAAGUGUCCACUAGACUCCAGCCUGAGAAUCAUUAUUUGCCUAUUAAAGAUUCCUGCUACAAGUGCCACAAGGAGCCUCCUGGAACCCUUCUCCAAAUUACUGAGCUUUGUGAUUCAGUACGGAGUCUUCAGCCUCUCCUACCUGGUGGAGCUCUGCGGUUUGUGCUACAGGGCCUUCAACAAGGAGAGGGAUAAGUUCUACAUGUCCAGGAUUGUUGUGCUGGAGCUCUUGCAGGCUCUGAAGUUCAAGUCUCCUUUACCUGACAUCAACCUGCUACUAUUGGUCCAGUUUGUUUGUGCAGAUGCUGGCACAAGACUGGCUGAAUCCACCAUUCUCCAAAAACACAUGAUUUCUUCACUUCCUGGGUGCACAACCGCUGCAAUGGAGUGCAUGAGGCAGUACAUCAGUGAGCUGCUGGACUUCAUUGCAGAUAUGCAUACACUGACCAAAUUAAAAAGCCACAUGAAGGCCUGCUGUCAGCCGCUUCAUGAGGACACCUUUGGUGGGAACCUAAAGGUGGGCCUGGCACAGGUGGCUGCCAUGGAGAUCAGCAAGGGCAAUCACCGUGACAACAAGGCAGUGAUCCGCUACUUGCCUUGGCUCUACCAUCCUCCAUCUACCAUGCAGCAAGGGCCGAAGGAGUUCAUUGAGUGCGUGUCACACAUUCGCCAGCUAUCCUGGCUGCUGCUGGGCUCCCUUACCCACUGUGCUUUGCACCAGGGCUCCACUUCCUGUAUGCCCAUCCCUCUGGACGCUGGGUCCCACAUCGCAGAUCACCUCAUCGUCAUUCUGAUCGGCUUUCCGGAGCAAUCCAAGACGUCGGUGCUGCACAUGUGCUCCCUGUUCCACGCCUUCAUGUUCGCCCAGCUCUGGACCAUCUACUGUGAGCAGGCGGCCGCCGCCCCGACGCUGCAGAACCAGAACCAGAACGAGUUCUCCUCCAGCGCCAUCCUCACGGGCCUGGAGUUCUGGAGCCGGGUCACGCCCAGCAUCCUGCAGCUCAUGGCGCACAACAAAGUGAUGGUGGAGAUGGUCUGUCUGCAUGUGAUCAGCCUCAUGGAGGCCCUUCAGGAAUGCAACUCAACCAUCUUUGUCAAGCUCAUUCCUAUGUGGCUGCCCAUGAUUCAGUCUAACUUAAAGCAUUUGUCGGCGGGGCUCCAGCUGCGGCUGCAGGCCAUCCAGAACCGCGUCAACCACCAGUGCCUGCAGGGCCUGCAGGGCUGCGGCCAGCCGGGCGCCCUGCCCUCCGCCCUGCGCAAGUGGCUGCAGUGCACGCAGUUCAAGAUGGCACAGGUGGAGAUCCAGUCUUCCGAGGCGGCCUCGCAGUUCUACCCCAUGUGACCCGCCCCUGCCCCGCCCUGCCCGCGGGCCAAGCCACGCCCGUCUGCGCCAUCGCAUAAACACCAGACAUCCCCUCGCCCCGGCCGCUCCGGCCGUCGCUCGGCCUAGCGUUUGACUUUCGGUGUCUCGGUGUACAAGCCCCCUCCCGCCCCCCCCAAAUCAAACUAGACAUCCGCUUGUGUGUCGGAGGCACCCAGCGCAUGCUGUCGGCAGCCUCGAGGUCAAAGCAAUAGAAUGGUGUGACAACGCCAAAGCCAUAGGGAUCGAAGCACUCAGACAUCACACUCCAACACUUGCUUAUCAGAGUGCGGGUCAGGCGCGGGCAGCAGAAAAUCCUGCUUUAUCUGGUGUUGCGGUUAAAAAUGGUGGCAGCUUAAAGGUGUCCUCCCCCUUCAGAUAAGCCCUUAGCGGAGUCAGGGAGAUUGAGUUUGAAAGCAGAGCCGAAGUGAUUGCCUGUGUGUUUAGAAGGUAUAAUACGCUCUGGACUGUAUCUCAUCAGCAGAAAGGUAACAGGCUUGGAUAGGAGCCCUGGACAGUACCACAGUGCUCUAACAUGUAAAUAUCCAUAAUCUGCAGAACCACUAGCAGCAGUGACACCCGCAGCACACGAGGACAGUUCAGUCCCUGUGUAAUGGUAGGAAGGGACAUUAUGCACCCGGCCGUGUUUGCUUUGAGAAGUGCUCUGUAUUCAUAUGCAUCCUGGAUACUGAUGUAUUUUUUGCCUUUUGUCGUUGCUGUUGUGGUUGGUUCAA